AUGUGUAAGCCUAAUUUUAGUUCUCUAGGAUACGCAGUACCACCGCUUCCCGAACCACACUUACCAGAACCAAUCAAAGUGGAAAGGGCAACGUACAACACAAAGAAACGCAAGGAACCCCCAGACAGUGAUACAAAACCAUCCAGCUCAAUAGAAAGUGUUAUACAACCAAAUUCGACUAGUGGGCCACAAUCAAAAUCUUCCAAAAGGUCGAGGAGGUAUAGUAACGCUGAAGAAGAAGAAAUAGACGAUCCCAGCAACAAGGCAGUACGUGAAAAAGAACGUAGACAGGCCAACAAUGUUCGUGAGCGAAUACGUAUUCGGGACAUAAACGAAGCGUUGAAGGAAUUGGGAAGAAUGUGUAUGGCACAUUUGAAAACGGAUAAACCCCAGACAAAACUUGGCAUACUUAAUAUGGCAGUUGAAGUUAUAAUGACGUUAGAGCAACAAGUUAGGGAAAGAAAUUUGAAUCCAAAGGCAGCUUGUUUGAAAAGAAGAGAAGAAGAGAGAGCAGAACCACACUUACCAGAACCAAUCAAAGUGGAGAGGGCAACGUACAACACAAAGAAACGCAAGGAACCCCCAGACAGUGAUACAAAACCAUCCAGCUCAUUAGAAAGUGUUAUACAACCAAAUUCGACUAGUGGGCCACAAUCAAAAUCUUCCAAAAGGUCGAGGAGGUAUAGUAACGCUGAAGAAGAAGAAAUAGACGAUCCCAGCAACAAGGCAGUACGUGAAAAAGAACGUAGACAGGCCAACAAUGUUCGUGAGCGAAUACGUAUUCGGGACAUAAACGAAGCGUUGAAGGAAUUGGGAAGAAUAUGUAUGGCACAUUUGAAAACGGAUAAACCCCAGACAAAACUUGGCAUACUUAAUAUGGCAGUUGAAGUUAUAAUGACGUUAGAGCAACAAGUUAGGGAAAGAAAUUUGAAUCCAAAGGCAGCUUGUUUGAAAAGAAGAGAAGAAGAGAAAGCAGAAGAUGGGCCAAAACUAGGUCCUGGACCACCACAUCACAUGUUGGGCACCCCCCACUACUCCACCAUAACGGGUCCCCCUACCAACUUGCCUCACAAUCCGGGUCAGCCUCAAUAGCAUUGCUAGUAAAUUUAUCAAUGGCAGGGUUGCCACCUGUACAUACCCACACUCGUACAAACGGCCAUCAUUUCUUCAUCAAGCAUCAAUCAUGAACAAUAUUAUAUUUUUUUAAGGAUAUUCUGUGAUACAAGUACUUAAAUAUUUGAACUAUAAUACAGUUUCCUUCUUGUUAGAACUUGAUCAGAAUUUUUGAAUAUAUUGUAGCAGUACUU